UAGAUCAUCCUUUUGUGCAGGGCGCGCUGCAGGCUGAUAUCUCUGCGCUCUGCCCAGCUGUCACCUCCGGCAUUGGUCCGCCGAGCACACACACGUAGGCGCGUAUCCGACAGACCAACCCCCUUUUUUUUUUUCCUCCAGCAGACAGACUGAAGCCGGUGAGCGGCGUGACAGCCAGGGCAGCAACGACCCACCGCUGCAGCUCGGACCGGGACGGAUAGGACAGAGGUUUGAGACGACGGCGGAGGAAGUGUGGCACUGUGCUGAGUCCCCCCACUGUGUGCAGUAGCACCAUGGCAGCUAUGGGACCUGAGAACAGAGCUGGAACGGGGCCAGGAGGGACGGCAGCCUGCCCGUUGGGACAGCAGGCCCGCGUCCAUACAAGUACGCACAAAAGCAACGGGCAGGACGCGCAGCAGACUCUGGCGAGCUGCGUCCUUGUCGAGAAAGUAUUCGUAGAGAGCGGCCAUCACAAGAGCAAAACACCAGUCUGCAGGAACCCUGCUGCUCCACUGCAAAAUACAGCACCCACAAUGCACCUCAGCAACGCGUCGGCUACUGGGGAGGCUCCGUACAGCUUUCGUAGCCCGGAGUCGGUGGAGAUGGACGAGAUCAUGGCAGCCAUGGUCCUGACGAGUCUGUCCUGCAGCCCCGUGGUCCAGAGUCCUCCACAAACCGACCCUGGACCAGCUGGUUCAUCCUCAUCAGCUGACAUGGAGUGUGGCGGAGGCGAGCUCUCCGACAGCGGCAGCAGCGGCUACUGGAGCUGGGACCACGGCAACGUGAGCCCCGCCCCCUCGCCGUCCGUCACUGAGAUGGACAGCAGCCUCGACGAGGGCCUGCACAUGGAGCUGGAGCAGGGAGAGGAGCUCACUGCCAAAAAGCCAAAGAGCUCCUUCAGAGGUGUUUAUAAGUGUCUGUGGCCCAGUUGCAGCAAAGUGCUCACGUCUUCAGUCGGAAUAAAGAGACACAUCCGUGUGCUGCAUCUGGGUGGAUCAGAUCAGUCUCAGAGGGAGGAGGACUUCUACUACACCAGGAUCUCCUGUGAGGCCGUUGACGCCAGCUCCACUCCGUCUCCCGCCCCUGCCCAGCAGGCUCUGGGCCAGGCCCCGUCCACUCCUCUCAGCUGGGCCUCCUGCGGUUCUCCUCCAGGCUCUGAGCUCCAGAUCCCCACGGCCCACAGGCCCAGGUCCAACUCCAGCUCUGGGCCGGGCCCGAGCAGGCCCAGUCCGCUCAGCCAGUCGGCCCCCAGCAGCUUCUGGCAGAUCCACUCAGAGCAUCUCUAUCAGGCCUGUAGCCCGGUCCAGGUUUCUGUGGCCUCCAGGAGCCCCAGCAGCCAGGGUUGGACCCCCUCGACCUCCGCCUCCGGCCACAGCAACACGCCGGUGGGUCUUCUCUUCGGCUUUGUAUGCGUGGCUGCACAUCCAGUAAGGGCCGGAUUAGGGCCGAGUUACACUAGGAAAGAAGGGAUGGUGAAACCUCGCUGCCGCUCCGUCAGCGUCGGGGAACAGUGGCUCCAGCAGAACCGGCUGCAGCCAAUGAGCGCGUCGCCCUCUCGCACUCACUGCUCCUUCAGGAAGGGUCGCGGGGAGGCCAAGAAGUGCCGCAAGGUGUACGGAGUGGAGCGCAAGGAUCAGUGGUGCACCGCCUGCCGCUGGAAAAAGGCCUGUCAGCGGUUCCCCGACUAGAAGCAGCUGCUUGACAAUGGAGAGUCACAAGAGGUGGACUGACGGACGAGUGGUAACAGAGACUUUUAUCAGAAAGAGAAUAUAAAUCAGGGCCCCGGAGCCAUUGAAAAAAAGGUUCUUUUACAUGUUUUUAUUUUUUUUUUACUUUCAUCUCAGUCUGUUUCUUUCCUCGAGGAAUGCAAACUGACUUUUCCGUAUCUUUGUAACUUGAUCCUGAAAACUGAAGUCUGCGAUGGUGCUAGCUGUUGACUGACUUUGACCAUGUGAUGUGCUAAGCCUAUAGUACUCUCCCACUUUAUCCAAAGGUCAUGUUACUGCCCCUGUAGCUCCGCUGUAUUAGACCGCUACUUGGCUGUUUACUCUAUUCCAAUCUUCUCUUCCAGUGGUUACACAGUGGUCAUGAUGUACAUUAUAUUGUGUGCUUUGAGUUAUGUACGAGUAUUUUAUACCUAUUUUUUAUCGUCACGUUGAGCCCAUGUUUUGGGCAGACAUUUUUUCUUUUUUUUUUUUUCUUUUUUUAAUAUUCAUGUUCUUCUGCACUUUUAUGGAAUAUAAACUCACGAAUAAGCUACAUUUGGUUUGACUCAACCAAGUUCCUUCCUUUAGAUGGAUUUCCUUCCUGCCCAUGUGUUGGCACACAACCAGUGUUAAUGGUUUUAUCCAUGAAGUUAUGGAGUCAUGGCGGUGGGACUGGCGUUAGGGGAUGGAGUUUGUAAUAGCAAUAAAAAAGAAAGAGAAAAAAUAUAUGGUCAAACACAUUAAAAAGCACUGAGAAUUUGAAA